GGAAAUUUUGUGAAGGCAGAUGGACCAGGCAUGGUUCACGCGGCAAUGCACGAUGAGAUGUUUUAAACCAGUAAGCCUUUCAUCAGGUCAUGCGAUACUGACCACCAACGAUAACAAUGAUGUUCAGCCGCAUUUCUAGCCCUAUCAUCUCGACCCCUGCAUUGCUCUAGGAUAGAGUUCAACCCGGAUCUACGGAGCUCUGGACCCAAAGCUGGGUACUAAUCCUUUCGGAAUUGGCAGCCCUCUUUGCUUGGGAGACUGCUUGUCAACUUUACAUACAAAGCAGCCCAUGAUACUGCGUCUGGAUACCUCUGUCACCCAAAGUCUUUCAAAUUCUUCUCACCGUUCUGCAAAGUGGUAAUCUAUAACGAUGACGACAGAGAACCGUAGCCCUCAGGUGUCAGUGGUAACGUGGGCCAUGUGGGCUAUCACAGUUCCUGCCAUGUUUCUCCGUCUUUGGACCCGACUCAAAAUAUCCAGGUCCUUCGGAAUCGAUGACUGGUUUAUGGUUGCUGCUAUGGUCUCAUUCACCGUCAAUACUGUUGUCGUGUCCGGCGCGGCGUCCCAUGGUGUUGGGCGACACUCUGCGGACCUCACACCCGCAGAGGCGUCACUCGCUCUACAUUUUUGGUAUUACUGCUACCUGACUUAUUGCACCACCAUGAUCUUGUCCAAGACAAGCGUCGCCUACUUUCUUCUUCGACUAAGCCCGUUUCCGGUGCAUCGCGCCAUUAUUUACGUAUCGCUUGGUUGUACUGUCGUUUGCGGCAUAGCAUUCUUCUUCAUGGCUAUGUUUCAGUGUUGGCCUAUUCACUAUUUUUGGAAUCGCAUCCCUGGUACAGGUUCAUGCGUUUUGAUCGAUGUUAUCAUCAACUUCACAUAUGCUUACAGCGCAUUUUCUAUUAUCACCGACUUCGCAUUCACUAUUCUACCGAUUUGGCUGAUCUGGCAAUUGAGAAUGGAUCUUAAGACGAAACUUGCAUUGAUUCCUAUUUUAGGAAUGGCUGCUGUCGCAAGCUGUGCGGUCGCCGUUCGCUUGGCAUAUGUCGAGGAUUUCCGUGGCAACGAGUUCUUGUGGUCAAUAUCGGACAUAGCUUUCUGGUCCCAGACCGAGGAAGGACUGGCUAUUACGGCAGGUUGUCUCGCCACACUCCGACCACUCUUCCGUAAGAUAUUAGAGAAGCUUGGCCUUACGAAAGCAGGCUCGUCGAACGACAUUCCAGAAGACGCUGUCCAUCUGCCUUUCAGAACCUUUGGACGGUCCACUCGUUCAACUCUCAAACACAGGGGACUGCCAAAUAAUAUAUUCAAUCUCUCUGUCUUUACGUGCACGGAUGAGGAGAAGACUUAUAGUAAGGAGGAACUGAAAGAGUCGGCGGCUUGCCAGAAAUCUAGAUACAUUUGCGAGAUAUGUACGAUGGAGUUGGGCGAAAUAGAUUCGCAGGGGUGCUCAUCGAACCACAAACUGUCUGUCAGAAGCAACUCAGUCCCAUCAUCAACAACAAAUAUUGAGAUUAUUCAGAAACAGGAGGCUCAUAUAGCCGUGACUGGUCACGACGUGCUAUGAAUAUACACAAUAUAGCAUGAGCGAUAGGC